AUGCCUGGGUUGCAAGGCGAGCGAGACCAGUCAGCCAGCAAGCCACGCACAGUCACGACUAUUGAGACUGGAGCUGGGCCCUCCAUGGCUCAGCGGUGGCGGACGCGCACAUCAAGGGCAAACAGCGACGACUCGUGCGGCCCCCCGCCCCUGUCGCUCUCCCGCAGUGCGAGCACAAACACGGUGUGGGAUUCGCCCACCUGCUGCGCCUCGCUUCGUCUGAUUAUCAAGUCGGGCGCAUCCCAGGCACCCGCCUCCACAGACAUUGACGACAAUACUGAAUACCUUAUCCCCGUUGGGAGUGAGGGCGAUGGGGGAGGCCCUGGCAGCAAGCCCGCAGCCCGCAACGUAGCCGCGCCAGAAAUCACAACGUUUCUACCCCAGUCAAUGCGGGAUGGGUGCGCCGCCAGGCAUCUUGGAACUUAUGCGAACCGGACCCCUAUCUCCCAAAACCACCAAGCGUUCCAAGAUUCAAGACCGGGGUCUCAUUGGCCGGCGGCGCCCCAUCUCCUACAUGAGGCGUUCCAAAGGGCGGCUAGCAGCCAGGAGCAAAGGACGUGCAAACCCGCACUUCAGGGUGCGGUCCGCCGUCUGCCCGGCCAGACUCGACCGCAAUGGAUCAAGCAGCCACUGAGGUGGACUUUAUCGACGAGCUGGGCACGCUAAGCAAGCCCGAUGGGGAUAUUGUUGCUUGCUUUAGUCGUGCAAGGCCCGCCAGUGUCACCUCAUCCCCUGGUCCGAACAACUUGAAAUCCCAUCCACGGAGCUGGCAAGAAUCCCAUCUUUCCUUUUUCUUUCCCCUUUUCCGCAUGCGAAGAGGCUAGCGAACGAUGCUGAGGAGCGCAUCCGGCAUGGGUUGAUGGCACAUUCGGGUACCGGAAAGACACAGCCGGGCUUGGGAACUACAGGGCAUAGGAUGCUCGAAAGAGGAGAAUAUCCACCUAAAAAAAAAUUAAAAUUAAAAUAAAAGAAUAAGAAAAAAAAGUGUGCUGUGAUGUUAGGCCUGCAGGGCUACUUUACGUGCGGCACUGCAG